AUGGGCACCCCCAUCCAACCGCCUUCUGCUCGAGCACAGAUCGGAAACGAUGCAUCCAUCAUUACUUGUGUGCUCGAGCAGAAGUGGAAAGGGCUGUCCAUUAAACACAUUGAGGGAAAGGGUAAAGGAGUCAUCACCACAAUGGACUUCAGGAGGAAUCAGAUCGUGUGCGACUACCACGGUGAAGUAGUCUCCAAGCAGGAGGGCGAGAGGAGAGUGGACAAUCUCACAGAGGAGCCGUCAUAUCUGUUCUUCUUCAAGGGCAAGGGAGGCGAGGCCCUGUGCAUCGAUGCCCAAAAAUUCCCUUGUGACUGCCACCCAGACAAAGACACGUUUGGGAGGAGAAUGAACCAUUCCCGGAAGCACUGUAAUGUGCAGCCCCACAGGGCCACCUUAAACUUCCCCAGUGGAGCCAGGGAAUGUGUCCUGUUCCAUGCCCUACGAGACAUUGGGGUGAAUGAGGAGCUCUUGUGGGACUAUGGUGUCCGGCGAACAUCAUUCGGAGGGGAAGGGAGGGACCUCACUUGGCUUGAUGACUGA